AUGAUCGAAGUAGGAAUCGAUUUGUUGGACCAUGGGGUGGUGUACGGGCUACAGUAUCUCCUGCUGUGGAUACUCGGUUGGUCUGAGUUGUUCUACAUCGCCCAGAGUGCAUCGCUAGGGCACUCCUCCCGGGGUACUUCCGGUCGGUUGCUUUCCAUCGGUCUCAUUUUCCUCACCCUGGCUAGCACAGCCCUGGCCGUCUUCCGGGAGGUCAGUGAAUCGGAUGGGACGGUAGCGAAGGUGAUCGAAACGAUAUCUAUGAUGCUGGUGUGUUUGAUACAGAUUUACACCGUCGGUCGUAAUGUGGACCACGUUUAUCUGUUCUCCUUCUGGACACUCCGGCUGCUCGCCCUCUCCAUGGACGUGCUGGAGUAUUGGGAAAGCUACGAUCUCCUUCACACCUUCUUUGCCGUCGUGUGGUUAGUGCUGUGUUCCAUCAAGUCACUGCGAACCCCAGCGCCACCGUCCCACACCGAGCCCAAUCUCAUUCGGCAGCUUUACUUCUCGUGGUUGGAUCCACUCUAUCGGGAAGCGCACAGUGGAAGUGCCUCGUUCUACGAUGGAAAGAUCUUCGACCAACUUCAGGACGAUCGCCGCUGUGACGCACUGUUGGAGUGGUUCCGAAACCCCAGAAACGGGGGAGCAUACGCCGCAGUCGGAAAAGCCGAAGAUCGAGUGGUAACGAUCGGGAAACUACUCGCUCCAUUCCGCUGGGAUAUCGUUUGCACCGGAUUGAACCGUUUUGUGUCGGUUUCAUUCUACUUUCUCUGCUCGUAUCUCUUGAGAGUUCUACUUGAGGAAAACCAAUCACAGAUGGUGCAGAAGUGGAUCGUAACGGGGUUGUUUGCCACUUCGAUAACGAUUGCCGUUCUCAACACGCAAUACCAGCACGCUACGCGUGACAUCGGUCUUCGCCUGCAGUCGCUCCUGAUGGGAACGGUCUACGAAAACAUGCUCCAGGAGGUUCCACCACUAGCGUCCAGUGCCACGCUUACCACCGACACCGGUACGUUUGUGUCGCUCAUGCAAAACCUGCACAUGAUGUGGUCCGGUCCGCUCAUCAUCCUCGUAACGUUCGGUGCCCUUUGGUGGAUCAUCGGUUGGACAAGUGCCGUCGUCGGUUUCCUCAUCAUGGGCCUCACCAUCUGGGGGACGAUGGUCCUGGCGAGGAAACUGAACGUACAGCAGAUCGCCAUCAAACGUGCCAUGGACGCACGGGUGAAGCUGACCACCGACUCGAUCGAGCAGAUACAGCAGAUCAAAUCCGACCAGCUGGAGGAGGUGAUGGAGCGUCGGAUCGGAGCACACCGAGGUCAGGAGUUGGGGCAUAUGCGCGCAAGCAUAUGGUACGAAGCGACCAAGCACUUGGUCGGGAUCGCGACACCGAUGGUGGUGGCGUACGGUACGUUUCUCUUCAUGGAGAUCAUCGGCAGUGGGUCGUUGCUGACGGUUCAGUCGAUGUUUGUGGCCAUUUCGUUGUUCAACAUCACACGUUACCCUAUGUCGGUCAUGCCAACCCUUUUCACCAGCUGGAACGACACAAAACUAAGCCUACAGCGGAUCAACGUGUUCAUUCAGAGUGGAAACAAGGAGCUGGAGCAACCAGCUCUUCCAACACAACCGCCGAGUUCCUCAUCCGGGUUGAACGGCGGGGCACAGAAGCGUAUCCGGCAGGUGUCGGAAGAGCUGAGCAACAUUCUAGUCGAUCAGAAUCACCGGCAACCGGAAGUGGUACAGAUUGAUCGAGGCCAGUUCUCCAUCAAGGAUAAGAUGGUACUGCACGACAUCAGUCUAAAGCUUCGCCGGGGAACAUUCACUGCCCUUUAUGGUACACAUGCGUCCGGAAAGACGUCCCUGUUGCGUGCAAUCAUCGGAUCGAUCCGCAAGACAUCCGGCACGAUGAAUGUCCCAGUGGAAACCAUGUCCUACUGUCAGCAAACACCCUGGAUCCACAGUGGGACGGUGAGGAGCAACAUCCUGUUCGGGGAAGUGUUCGACCCAGCUCGGUACGCGCAAGUGAUCCGUGCCUGCUGUCUGGAGGAGGACUUCACGUCGUUCACCGGUGGUGAUCAGCGUAUGGUUGGUGACGGAGGUCAUUCACUGUCCGGCGGACAGGCGUCUCGUGUUUCACUGGCUCGUGCCGUCUACAAGAAAGCCCAACUUUAUCUUUUCGACGAUCCACUCAAGUCGCUUGACCUCAACGUGAGCCGGAAGGUCUUAGAGGAAGUGUUCAAUCGAUCGAGUGGACUGUUGGCUGACUGCACGUGUUUGUUCGUGUCGCACAAUCCGGAGCAUCUACAGGUUGCCGACAGCGUUGUUAUUAUGCGGGAAGGAACCAUCGAGGACAUUCUGAACCCAUCGCAAACGAUCGAACGGUAUGGCUCGGUGAUAUUCCCAGGAGAUUUGGAAGUGGACGAAGAGAAAAGUCCACAAGAAAAAAAGCUAACCAAAAACGGCAAUCCGCUUCCAAUGCGGAAUCGUAAAAGGAUUACUAAAUCCCAGAGCGAACCAAGCCACCAAGGAAGUGUUCCUAUAAGGCUUUACGUUGAUUUUGGUCGCAUGCUUGGAUGGUUCAACUGCACGCUAAUAGUCGCCCUGGAAACGAUCGUCACAUGGCUCGACAUCUACAUCACAAUCCGGUUGGCUCAGCAGAAAGAAACCGGACUGCUCCUCACCGGCGCCAUCGUGAUCGGUUGGACUAUUUGUCUGUUUUUGAAAACGGAAUUGCUGCACUUCCGGGGACUUUCACUCGCAAAAAAAACUCACAUCAACAUGCUGGCCACCAUAUUCCGGCAGCCGAUGACGUUUUUCGAUCAGAACGAUUCCGGUGUGGUCGUGAACCGCUUUUCGAACGACCUCAACGUGCUCGAUGCAAAGAUCGUCCCGUCCGUUCGAAACGUGCUGACAAGCUGCUUCGCCGUCCUCGGCACGUUGUUCCUUUUCGCCUACAAGUUAAGCAGCGUCCUCCUACUGUUAAUAAUGGCCGUCGUGUGCGCAGGUGCGUUGCUGUUCGGAUUGAGUCGCCUGUUGAGCUACCAUUUGCGUGUGGCGCGAACACUGAAGCGCCUUGAAUCGAGCUCACGAUCCCCGAUUGUGCUGCAGUACAACGAAACGGUGCAAGGCAUCGACACGAUCAAAGCGUUUGGGGCGGAAAAGCGAUUCUUCCGGCAGUUUCUCGAGCGCGUCGACCAGCACCAGAACUACGUCUACCAUAACCUGGCUGCACAGCGUUGGAUCGGCAUUCGACUGGAGUUUAUUGGUGCGAUCGUCAUCUACUACGUUGCCCUGCUGACCGUAACCUAUCGCUCGCUGGUUGGGAUGACGUUUGUUGCCAUCAUCGUGAGCUACGUUUUGCGGUUGAUUCCGUCCCUCAAUGGAUUGCUCUUGGCUUCCGGUUUGCUCGAGGAAAAUAUCAUAUCCUUCGAGCGGGUGUCACAGUAUUUGAAUCUCCCCCGGGAAUACCUCGACGACGGCGGUGUUGCCUAUCCGACCAACAACGCCAACGGCAAACCAUCAAGGGGGCCGAUCGAGUUUCGUGAUUUCUCCCUCGCUCACGCCGACGGCUCGACCGUCCUGCACAAUCUCACCCUUACGAUCGGGGCAGGGGAAAAGGUGGGCAUCAUCGGUCGCACCGGAGCCGGCAAGUCUAGCUUCGUUGGGGCGUUGUUUCGGUUCUACCCGAAGCACACAUCCGGAUACAUACUGAUCGACGGUGUUGAUGUGGCGAAAAUCUCACUCAAAAGCCUCCGACGCUCUAUAGCCCUCGUCCCGCAGAGUACGACGCUGUUGAGUGGCCGGGUUCAGGACUUUGUUGACCCUCACAAUGCACAUCCGAUCGAGCGGUUGACUUCGACCCUGCGUCUCUGCGAGCUGGGCAACGUUCCGCUGGAUGCCGCUCUCGAGGAGCUGUCCGUUGGCCAACGUCAACUGCUCUGUAUGGUCAGGGGACUUCUGUACAACCGUCCGAUCAUCGUUCUGGACGAGGCAACCUCCGCAUUGGAUGAUGGAAUGGAGAGACUAAUACUGAGGUUGAUACGCGAGCACUUCCACGAUCGUACGGUGCUGAUGAUCGCGCAUCGACUCAACACGGUAAAAUCCUGUGAUCGUAUUCUGUGGCUGCAAGACGGACGAAUACACAAGCUGGCCCCACCGUCGGAUUUUUCAUCCGAAGACUGGAAUGUUCUGAAGCAUGGAGUGUAACCGCUUCAGCGAGUGAUUUGAAAUGUACUUACAUAUUUAUACCAUUGAUCUAUUUUGAUACGAAUAUUUACAUAAUGCCGUAUUAUUUUGCUAACAAAUAAAACUAUAAAAUAGCGGAA